CUGGUCCCCUCUAGUUUUAAAAUGGGUACGGGGAACAACUAAUAGCAUCUGAUCUAAAGACCUGAGACUCCGGGUAGGAGUGUGCGGCUGUAUCAGAUGCUGGAGUUGUAGACUGCUUCGGUCACUGCAUCCAGGCAGUAAUGUCUGGGUAUUUGUGUUCAAGGCUCCUCUUUUAUGCAGGUGGAAGACAUCUGUCCAGUUUCUUGGCCGACCGUCAGUAUGUUUUACCUGCUGUGCUGUGUAGAGCCUGCCUGUUUACCUCUAAUACCCGGGGCUUCUCCUCCCGUUAUGGUAGAUCAGAUGGAACUUCGGGGCAGGAAGGCAAAAACGCAUUCUGUGCUCCUAGUAGUGAACUGGACUUCCAGAUCAAUGCAGUUCUGCGUGCUAAUGAACAAUCUGUCUGCAUUCCAGAGUUUGAUGGAUGUGGUGGGACCAGCCCUGUGCUGAGAUUUGAGACCAACCAACUUGCAGCCAAUACUCCACUAGAGGACCGGCGCAGUAGCGCCAGCUGCCUGCAGACUCGCGGCAUGCUAUUUGGCGUGUUUGACGGACAUGGUGGGCAUGCAUGUGCUCAAGAAGUCAGCGAGCGGCUACCUUAUUACAUCUCUGUGGCAAUGAUGUCAAAAUCUGUCCUGGAGGAUCUGGAGGCCGCCAUGGAGACUUUACGUCCGGUGCCGCCGAUUCUGCAAUGGUACAAGAACCACAAUGACAAUAACUACAGAGAGUCUGCGGCGCUCUACAUCAGUCAUUUACGUGUUUACUGGCAGGAGCUUCUGGCGAGUGAAAAACACGGUAAUGGUAUGAAACCUGUGGAUGCACUCAAGUAUGCAUUCCAGCGGUUAGAUACAGAUCUUUCCUUGGAGGCGCAAAUGCCACUGGCAAAUGACCUCAUGCGCAGCACAGCCAUACAGGCUGCUUUCGCUGGUUGCACUGCUUGCGUUGCCCACGUGGGACCAGAAGGCAUACAUGUUGCAAAUGCAGGGGAUUGCCGAGCUGUAUUGGGCAUCCAAAAGGAGGAUGGGAAGUGGAGUGCUUUGCCACUCACGCAUGACCAUAAUGUCACCAAUGCAGCCGAGGUAAAGCGGGUAUUGUGCCAGCAUCCGGCCAGCGAGAGCCAAACUGUAAUCUUAGAUGACAGGCUGCUUGGUGUGCUAAUGCCAUUGCGUGCAUUUGGAGAUGUGCCCUUCAAGUGGAGUCGAGAGCUACAGCAGAGUGUGUUGGAGAAUGGAGACUUGGAUUUAGAAGCAUUGAAUCUUUAUCAAUAUGCUCCACCCAAUUACCUUACUCCACCUUACUUGGAAGUCACACCUGAUGUCUUUACCCACCGCCUGCGACCGCAGGAUCGAUUUCUGAUCCUAGCCUCCGAUGGUCUUUGGGAUGAGAUGAACAAUGAGAUGGCGGUCAGGCUGGUGGCGGAACACCUGACUGGUAUUCGCCUGCAGGUACCGGUCCCAGUCAGCCAGCUUAACUUGGGACAAAUGCGCCAGCUGCUGCUGCGCCGACGGGCCAGGGGAACCCCCGCUCUAGAUCUAAAUGCAACCACGCAUUUGAUUCGCCAUGCGCUGGGCACAGAUGAGUAUGGAGACUUGGACCAAGAAGGGCUGGCCACCAUGCUGGCUUUGCCUAGUGACCUGGCACGCAUGUACCAUGAUGACAUCACUGUCACAGUGAUUUACUUUAACCAGAACUUCAACAAAUCAUGCAGAUGAUCAGAAAUCUAAGCCAAUUACCUUUUGAGCACUUGUAAAUGUUUUUUAUGUGCUGCUUGUUCUUAUACCUCACACUUUAUUAUUUUUUUUUAAAUCUGAUUACGGUGUAGUUUUAAAGAACUGUUCCUGUGCAUUAGCUUUUUUUGUAGAUCUAUUUAACCAUAAAUGUUUGCAUAUAUAUUUAUAUUAGUUAUAUUGUGUUCAUCUUUAAACAAUUCAACGAAGUGGUUAUUUAAGUGUAUCUUUCACAAAGGUUGAAUCAUAAACAUUAGCAAUUAUUUACACACAUGCUAUUUAUUCAGUAGCACAUUAUCUCUGUUCUGUGUCAUGUUUAUUUUACAUUGUUCCAUGCAUGAAGUCUGUAAGUUGUAGUCUUAGGUUUGCAUUCAUUUAUCACACUUGAUACAUUCUGCUGAGUGUUUUUUGUUUCAGCAGUUUGAUUUGCACUGUUUUGGGGAUUUCGUGGCCUUUGCUAUGAAGACUUUUCCACUUUGCACUAUUUUAGUACAAGUUGUUUGUCAAAUCACCGAAGUGAGUCACAAAGUGUUCUUGUCAAUGGUUAAACUGAUGAUAAUUGCAGAGCAAAGUUUGAAGGUCAUAGGACCAGUUUUAUGCACUGUUUUAUUACACGUUACUUUUUACAUCAAGAACAUUUUGCAUCAUUAUAAGGUAUUAAAAGGCGUAUGUAGAUUGAUGAUGUGAAACAAACUAACCGUGUGUUCUCCUGACAUUUGUGUUCCCGUUGUUACUAUUUGCACUGCACUAAUGUGAGUUUAGAGAUUUCAGAGAGCCUUUCUCUUCUUGGGAAUGGGCUUCCAUGUUUUUACAGAAGAGAUCUGAAUUUGGUCUUUGAGAAAAGUUCGUUUAAAAUGUAUUUCUGUUACUUGAAUUUAACUGUGUUUCGAUUCUUUGGUUAU